AGAAAGUGACGCAGGCCGGGCGAGAGGACGUGCACGCGCGCCGCCAGGUACGAGCCAGCCCGGCCAUGCAGGACUUGGGUCCGCAUGAAGUCCUGGAGCGGUACCAUGGUCCGGUGUCGGGCGGGUGACAGGUCACGUGACUGGGGGGAACCUUCUCUGUCCGACUUGCGAGUCUUGUUUUCCCGGGAACGAUGCAUCUGUUCCGGAGUUCCACUUACCAAGUGUUCCCGGACACAAGCUCGCUGGACACGCCGACCAUACGAGGCAUCAGCUGGACUCCACUUCCAGAGGCCCUGAACUCCAAGGACACCAUGAAGCAGUUCCUGUCAGAUCGCGUGGUGAAGGCGGCCAGGUCGGUGUACAGCGUGAUGGUGGACAGGAACCCCGCCCUCAUCCGGGACAGGAAGCACCACCUCAAAACACACAGACAAUGCUGCUCGGGCAAGGACCUGGUGGACUGGCUGAUGAGACAAAGCGAGGGUCUGCAGUGGAGGAGCCAGGCGGUGGGCAUGUGGCAGGUCCUGGUGGACGAAGGCAUCCUGGUUCACGUCAAACAGGAGCUGAACUUCCACGACAAGGACACGCAGUUCUACCGCUUCCUGGACUCGGAGUUCGGACUGAACCACCUGACCAAGGACUGUGAGGACGAGCUGCAGGAGAGUCUGUCUCUGCUGUCCCAGCUGGGCCCGGACGCCCUGCUCGCCAUGAUCCUCCGCAAAUGUCCUGGUCAGAGGAGCGCCGAGGACCUGGAGGUGAUCUACGAGGAACUCCUCCACCUCAAGGCCGCCGCUCACCUCUCCACCUCGGUGCGGAAGGAGCUGGCUGCUGUGCUGCUGUUUGAGUCCCACGCUAAGGCCGGAACUGUCUUGUUCAGUCAGGGGGAUAAAGGCACUUCCUGGUACAUCAUCUGGAAAGGCUCCGUCAACGUGAUCACCCACGGAAAGGGUCUGGUGACCACGCUGCACGAAGGCGAGGAUUUCGGGCAGCUGGCCUUGCUGAAUGACGCCCCGCGCGCCGCCACCAUCAUCCUGCGGGAAGACAACUGUCACUUCCUGCGUGUGGACAAACACGACUUCAUUCGCAUUCUAAAGGACGUGGAGGCCAACACGGUGCGACUGGAGGAGCACGGGAAGACGGUGCUGGUGCUUGAAAAGCGUGCCGACUCGGCCGAGCAGGGAGGAGCAGGAAACAAGUACACGGUGAUGUCAGGAACACCCGAGAAGAUUCUAGAACACCUCCUGGAAACCGUCAAGUUGGACUCCAACGGGAACGACGCAGCAGAUUCCUGCGUGAGCGACUUCCUGCUCACCCACAAAGUCUUCAUGCCUUCCAGCCAGCUGUGUGCCGCACUGCAGCAGCAAUAUCCUUCCACGCAGCAGCACCACCAGGCGCGGCUCUCUGAGGGCUCGGAGCAGGAGAAGGCCGCCUACGUCCUCACCGCCAGGCAGAAGGUGGUGAAGCUGAUGGGCCAGUGGGUGGCGCUCUACGGCCUCCUGCUGAGAGAAGACCCUGUCGCCUCCGCCUUCCUGGAGAAGGUGAAGAAGGACGUUUGUGCUGACGUGCGACUGAAAGAACAACUGAGGGACAGAAGAAGAACCAGAGUCUUAGAGAAUGGAUACCACUCCUUGAGCAGGAAGCAGUCGUUCAGCUGGUUCCCACACGGCGAGGAGGCCACAGGCGGGCUGCAGCCAAUCAGAGCGCAGGAUGAAGUCUUGUACCGGAUCCACACGGCAGACCACCAGGAGCUGUCACUCAUGCUGCCCGUCAACAGCAGCGUGCAGGAAGUGAUGUCAUCGCUGGUCAAGCCCGGAGGAGAUCACGUCCUGGUCAAGAUGAACUCGGCGGGAGAGCGAGCGGAGCUGAAGCUGGAUGCCUCGGCCGUGUUCACCGCUUUGGGACUCAACGAGAGACUCUUCAUCUGCACCAGCGCUCAGGUGCCACAUCUGACGCCGCUGAGGGAGCAGCAGGGUCCCGAGCGAGGGAGCGCCAACACGCUGGAACACAUGUGCUCCAAGGACGUCGCCAGCGAACUCACCAACUACGACUGGGAGCUCUUCGCCGCCAUGCACGAGGUGGAGUUGGUCCACUACGUAUUCGGACGCCACAAAUUCCCGGGCGCCGUCACGGCCAACUUGGAGCGUUUCGUGCGUCGCUUCAACGAAGUUCAGCUUUGGGUCGUGAGCGAACUUUGCUUGUGUGAAGAUUUGGUGAAAAGAGCCGUGCUGCUCAAGAAGUUCAUCAAGAUAGCCGCCGUGUUAAAAGAGCAGAAGAAUUUCAACUCCUUCUUUGCCGUCAUGUUUGGUUUGAGCAACAGUGCGGUGCAGCGACUCUACAAGACCUGGGAGAGAAUACCUGGCAAGACUAAAAGAAUCUACUGUUCCUACGAGAGGCUGAUGGAUCCUUCACGUAACCAUCGAGCUUACAGGCUGGCUGUGACCAAGUUGAGUCCUCCUUUCAUUCCUUUCAUGCCGCUCAUCCUUAAAGACAUGACCUUCAUCCACGAGGGAAACGCCAACCUGGUGGAGCGCCUGGUCAACUUUGAGAAGAUGCGGAUGAUCGCCAAGACCAUGAAGAUGGUGCGAGGGUGCCGGAGUCAAACCUACGUGCCGUCAUCACCACAGAGAAGUCUCGCUGACAGAAUGUUUCUAGAAGGUUCUGCUGCUCGCCUUUCCACGUACUCGGACCACGCCCUUCCUCUGAGGAGCCCCGGCAACAUCCGCCAUUACGUUCAGCACCUGAGGGUGAUUGACAACCAGCGCAAGCUAACGCAGCUAUCGAGGACCUUGGAAAGCUAGCGGCGGUCUGACGGCGUCACGGCGCCCACUGUUGGGGGCUUGGUUGCCGUGACGACGCACUGACGGGACUCAAACCGGCAGGAUUUUGACACACACACAUUCUUGUAUUUGUUACCUUCUUGAGACCUCUUUAGGACCAGCCUUUCUACAUAUAUAAAGAUUUGUAUUUACAACAUUAAUAAUAUAUACAAACUAUGCAAAUAUAAAAAAGCUUUAGGUUAAUUUAUUUUUUUAUUUUUUAUUUUUUGUUAGUAAUUAGUUUUUAAUCUUCAUUAUUAACUUCAAGUUAUUACAGUAUGUCUCUAUAUACAUUUUUUAUUUUAUUUUUUUCCAUAAAUUUUGGCCAAAGGGGGCGCAUUUCAAAUUCUUACACACACUUGUUAUUUCAUAUGUUGACCAGAGGGGGCGCACUUCAAGUGUGUACACACACUUGUUAUUUCGUAUGUUGGCCAGAGGGGGGCACUUCAAAUUCUUACACACUUGUUAUUUCAUAUGUUGGCCAGAGGGGUGCACUUUAAAUUUAUACACACACUUGUUAUUUUAUGUGUUGACCAGAGGGGGCGCACUUCAAAUUUUUACGCACACUUAUUUCAUAUGUUGGCCACAGGGAGAGCACUUUAAAUGUGUACACACACUUGUUAUUUCAUAUGUUGGCCAGAGGGGGAGCACUUCAAAUUUUUACACACACUUAUUUCGUAUGUUUGGCCAGAGGGGGAGCACUUCAAAUUUGUACACACACUUGUUAUUUCAUAUGUUGGCCACAGGGAGAGCACUUCAAAUGUGUACGCACACUUAUUUCAUAUGUUGGCCAGAGGGGGCGCACUUCAAAUUUUUACGCACACUUGUUAUUUCAUAUGUUGGCCACAGGGGGAGCACUUCAAAUUUGUACACACACUUGUUAUUUCAUAUGUUGGCCAGAGGGGGAGCACUUCAAAUUUUUACACACACUUGUUAUUUCAUAUGUUGGCCAAAGGGGCAGCACUUAAAAUGUGUACACACACUUGUUAUUUCAUAUGUUGGCCAGAGGGGGAGCACUUAAAAUUUUUACACACACUUAUUCCGUAUGUUGGCCAGAGGGGGAACACUUCAAAUUUGUACACACACUUGUUAUUUCAUAUGUUGGCCACAGGGAGAGCACUUCAAAUGUGUACACACACUUGUUAUUUCAUAUGUUGGCCAGAGGGGGAGCACUUUUAAAAGCGAUUUUAAAACUCCCUCCUUUUUGGGACCACCCUCAUUUUGAUAGAUGUUACCAGCAGGGGUGCAAAUGAGACAUUCUCUAGUAUUGUUUUCCGUAUUGGGACCAUGAUGAUUUAUGUCAUCACUUGUUCACACCUCCUCAUAUGGAAGCUACUUUUCCUUGUUGAUGUCUCAAGAAGGGUAGAAAUACAAGAAGACACACACACACUAGUUAGUCCUGCACUACCUGGUCAGUCACUCCUCAGCGCACGUUUCCUGUACAUGCUUCACGUUUCAUACGCAAUAAAUUAUUUUCCCAAGCAAAGAUGCUACAUUGAGAGGUGAAAGGAAGAAGUUUUA